AUGGCUGGCACAUUAAUUCGUUCGCUAUUUACCAAUUUAUCACUUUAUGGAACCAAUGCUACAAAUUUGAGAUCAGUACAUACUUCUGCUGUAUAUUAUGCGGCAAGAAAAGGCACCAGAGCGAAGGCUCGUGCCAAGAAAGUGAAAGUGGAGAUUACUAAAGUAGGAUUCAUUCCUCAUAACCAAAGAGGAAAGAAUAAGGCAGCUAAAGUAGUAGUAAACAAGCAUCUAGAUGAUUCCUUCAAGCAGGUGUCUAAAGAUGACGUGUACCCAAUGCGGUACUAUCGUUGGGUUGUGUACACUGCGGAGGAAGCAGUCAAAGCGCACCAGGAGACACACCACCCAACCAUGUACAACGUGCCAGAUGCACUUGUGUAUGCCAAAAUUGAAAUGAACAUGGAAGCCGUUAAAAAGAACCGAUAUCUAGAUAAUUUUACGCGUCUUACUUUGUUACCCCACUAUUUCCCACGAGAUGAAGAACGAACUAUACUCGCAUUUUGCAAAGGUCCUGAACUUAUCAAACAAGCCCUUGAAGCUGGAGCUACGACUGCGGGUGCCUCGGAGAUUGUAAAAAAAAUACAGGAGGGAGAACUAAAACUGUAUGAUUAUGAUUACAUAAUUGCUCACCCUAAUAUGAUCACCGAAUUGGUACCAAUACGCGGUCUGAUGAAAAAAAGGUUCCCCAAUAUCCGUAAUGGAACGUUGGACCCAAACCUCUGUGAUCUAGUCAAAAAGUUCGCAGCCGGUAUUCAGUUUAGAGUGACAAAGGACGAACAACAGGAAAACUAUGGGUCUGUGGAAGUGCCAGUUGGAAGGUUAAAUAUGGAUGCAAAGCAAAUUGCUGAGAAUAUUGAUGUCUUACUCAAGGAUAUUCAGUCUGCAAGACCAAAGAGAGAAGGACUUUUUAUUACAAGGUGUCUAAUAGUUAGUCCGCCUUCAACAGAAAAACUCAAAAUAGAUCCAUUUGUUCAUGUCGACCGUGAGUUGUCUAAAGAAGUACAAGAGGACAGUGAUGACGAAGAUGAAGCGGUAGCUGCGACUGCUUAA